CUAGUACUUCUUAGUCUAUGAUAUUUUUUGCUAAUUUGUCAAGGAAGCUCUUAGCUCAAGCAGAGGGUGCGAAGUUUUUAUCAUUUUUUUAGUGCGAUUUUCUUUUCUUUACGUUUCUUAUGUAGACAAUGCAGAUACAAGAUGAUGUCUGAUCAGUUUAGAAAAGUAGAACCGUAUUCUCCAAAGUCGUCGCCGCGAGGCGCGAGGUCACCAGUGGUGUCUCGUCAGGAUUCCUCUGGAACCCUCAAAACUACCAUCUCACUUGGCAAGAACCCUUCAAUAGUGCAUAGUGGACCAUUUUAUUUGAUGAAAGAACCUCCAGGAGAAUGUGAACUCACAGGAGCAACUAAUUUAAUGGCUUAUUAUGGCCUUGAACAUUCUUAUAGUAAAUUUAAUGGCAAGAAACUUAAGGAAUCAUUGUCUUCAUUUCUACCUAACCUACCUGGAAUUCUUGAUGGGCCUGGACAGGAAGAUAAUAGUACAUUAGGUUCAGUCAUAGCUAAGAGGCCAAUAGGUGGCAAAGAACUGUUGCCACUGACAAGUGCUCAGCUAGCUGGAUUCCGACUGCAUCCAGGUCCUCUGCCUGAACAGUACAGAUAUGUAAGUGCAACCCCACCAAAGCGACAUAAGACUAAGCACAAGAAACACAAGCACAAGGACGGAGUCCCACCCGGACAAGAGACACCAUUGCAAGAUUCCUCAAACCCAGACACAUAUGAGAAGAAACACAAAAAGCAGAAGCGCCAUGAUGAUGACAAAGAACGCAAGAAAAGGAAAAAGGAGAAGAAGAGGAAAAAGCAAAAGCACAGCCCUGAGCAUGGAGGUCUCACUCCCAGCCAGCACCCACUACCAUAAACUAUUGUACCAUACUAGAAGAUGAAGCUAUUGAGCCCAAAGAGACUGCUCUGUAUAAUCUAUUGCUCAGUUCAGACACAAGCUGCAACCAAAAUAUACCUUACUAAAUAUACUUAUUCCUAUCAUCAUUUUGCGAGGAAUGUUACCAUUUGCUAAACAUAAAUGGAGUAGUUUGAAAUAAUCAUAAAA